AUGACGUCGAGUCUCUUGCCGCACACGACGGUCGGGGGAAAGACGCCUGUGAAAGGAGUGACGGGGAAGAAGCGAAGGGUGAUGAUGGUACUCGUUGACUACCACGGCUGGGGUGGGAUUCCACGAAUGCUGCACCAACCACACGAAUCCGGGGUCGCUCGAAACUCAGGUGACAGCUCUGCCGUCGAGAAUGCAAAGGAAUGUUUGUUUGGCGUUGUAAUAAGGAGUGGAAAUGCCGAAAUAGCGCGCAAGAAGGAAGGGAGGGCGACUUCUAGGUCGGGAGGGGCGGAAAAGAAGAGGGCGAGGUGCGAGUUGAGGGCCAAACUCAGCGGUCGCGUGGUGAAUAAAAGGAAGCAGAUGCGGUUGAAGGAGGCAGGAACGGGUGUUCUUAGCAGGCGGGAGCAGGUGGGGCCCAACCUGAUCCAUGCGGAUCUCGGGGGUAGGCUAGAUGGAACCUGCCCGAGGGUGGGAAGGGGUCUCCAAAUCCCCCAGCAAUCCUACCAGGUACUCGAAAAAAGUUGGGUCCCGGGUUUGGAGCCCCUUCAAUUUUCGCCAAACCCGAUUGCGGGGGAUGACCAAAUUAGCCAAGGGACGUCAAACGGCAGGGACUUGGUUGUGGGUGCGGAUUCAUCAGCUUCUCAGGUUGAUGAGGCGCGAUCAGAUCAGAGAGAAAUCUCGGCCGGGGAGGGGGGAGGGGAGGAGCAGUGCGAGGCUCGGUUCAACAUAUAA